AUGACUAGUCUCGAUGACGAACUGCUCGCCCUGGCUGGCGACUCUUCUGAUGAAGAGAAUGCCUCCCCGCCAGUUAAACCCAAUCCUGCUUCUCCUCAAUAUCCCAUCGCUGAGAGAGAACUAGACGAGGAAAACGAGGACGACGACGACGACGACGAAGAUAAGGGCGAAUACAAGGAAUCGCCUCCAAAAAAAUCAAAAGAGAUGGCACGUAAGGGUGUUGCUAAGUCUGUUAAGGCUUCGAAACCGGCGAGACGGCCCAGGAAGCAGAAGCGAGGUGAAUCUGACGAGGAAGGUGAACUAUCUGCUGCCGAGUCGCUGGCCUCGGAGCGUUCUGCCAGCAUGUCAGAGUCCGAACCUGAUGAAGCGAAUCUAAAAAUCGAUGGCGAUGGACCCAUUUUCCCUUACGAGAAGCUCUACUACUCCGCCAACGACAAGAAGGAGAUUAUGGGUCUUCCCGAAAUUGAACGAGAGCAGAUAUUGUCAGAGCGUUCCCAGCAAGUUGAUCGCCACAACCAAGACCUAGUUCUUCGUCGCCUUCUUGCUUCCCGCGAGCGCGAACAAGCACGCUCCGAGUCGAGAUCAAAGCGCAAAGCUAGCACUACCGAUAUAGAAGAAGGCCAGCGCAAGAGUUCCCGUCAAAAGACUACGUUGGGAGGACGCCGAGUAGGAGAGACUUCUGACGCAAUUGAGGCAUACAAACGACAACGAGAACAAAAGGGUAAACGAGAUGAGCAACGUCGUCGGGAUGCAGAUGCAAGACAGGCACGAGGCCGUAGCUCGUCUCAAGAGGAAGGAGCGUACUCGGACGUCGACGCUGAAGGUGAAAGCGAGGCAGACUACGAGGAAAAACCGCGCCGCACUCCACCUAAGCAACCCGAUAUUCCCAAAGACGACCCMCCUGCCACUCUCAAGGAUGUCCAGCGAGUUCGCGUGGGCCGCAGUAACUUUGCCAGCGUCUGCUUCCACCCUACAUUUGCGACGUCCCUCACAAACUGCUUCACCCGAGUGAACAUUGGACCGAAUCGAGACACUGGUCAGAAUGAGUAUCGUGUCUGCGUUAUUAAGAACUUCACCAAAGGGAGACCUUAUGCAAUUGAAGGAGCAAACGGUCGGACCUACGUGACCGAUCAAUAUGCCGUUCUCGCUCAUGGUAAGGCUGAGCGCGAGUUUCCUUUCAUUCAAUGCUCGGAUUCUCCCUUCACAGAGGCCGAGUUCAGCCGCUGGCGUCAGACUAUGGUUGUUGACGACUGCAAGGUUCCAACCAAGUCCAUGUUAGCUGCUAAAGUUGCCGACAUCAACAACCUCAUCAACUAUAAGUUUACACCGGAAGAGCUAGAGGAGAAGUUGCGGAAGCAGGGCGCGGAUAAUGCCAACGAGAAACUCUUGAAACGCUUUGAUUUGGAGAGAAAGCUUAAGGAAGCCAUUGCCCAAGGGAAUGACGAUGAAGUGGCGAACAUUCAGGCCCAGCUCGCCAAGGAAACGACUUCCAAACUUGCUUUCAACGGUUCCCUCCACAAGACACGUCCUGAGAAGCAGCAAACCCCAGAGCAGCGACUUGCCGAGCUGAACCGUCGGAACCAGAAACUCAACAGUGAAAAUGUCCGUCGUGCACAGCUUGAGGAGCGACGUAUGAAUCGCAAGAAUGCAGCAGCUGUGGCCCGCGGAGAAGCCACAGCAGAUCCUUUUGCUCGCGUCAAGACUCGCGCAAAGACAUACCAUGAUGUGAAUACAGGUGUAAACAGCACACCAAACAAAGAAAAUUCUGCGGAUGCCGGUAAUGGAUCUCAAGCACCAAAGUCCGAAUCUCCUUCCGCAUCUCAAAUCAGCAACACACCUACUAAAGCCCACUCCAAACCGAAAGGCAUUGCAGUUAUUCGUCACCGAAAUAUGGAUGAUGAUAACAUCGCCGCUCUGGACUUGGACUUGGACGCUGAUCUCGAUCUUGGCUUCUAG